AUGUUCGCCAAGCGACUCCUACACAAGGCCGUCAACCACCACCACCAUUCUCAGCAGAAUAUGCAGCAAGGCAGUUUGACGUCAGCAGACUUGGACCUGCGAGUUGCAGUUCACUAUGGAAUUCCAUCUACUUCUUCCAUUCUUGCUUUCGACCCCAUCCAGCGUCUUCUCGCCAUCGGGACACUGGAUGGGAGGAUUAAAGUAAUUGGUGGUGGCGGUAUUGAAGGACUUCUUAUAUCCCCAAAACAGUUGCCUUACAAAUACAUCGAGUUUCUACAAAAUCAGGGUUACUUGGUCAGCAUCUUAAAUGAUAAUAGCAUUCAGGUUUGGAAUCUUGAGGGCAGAUGCCUAGUUUGUUCUCUAGAGUGGGAAUCAAAUAUAACUGCUUUUUCUGUAAUCCAUGGCUCCAACUUAAUGUACGUGGGCGAUGAGUAUGCUGUAUUGGCUGUGGUGAAGUAUGAUAUUGAGGAGGAAAAACUUCUGCAGUUGCCGUAUCAUAUUUCUGCGGAUUUGUUAAGCGAAGCUGCUGAGUUUCCAUUUCCUACCGACCAACCGAUAGUUGGACUUCUUCCACAGCCUGGUUCAUCUGGAAAUAGAGUACUGAUUGCAUAUCAAAAUGGGUUGCUUAUACUGUGGGAUGUUUCUGAGGCUCAGAUUGUCUUUCUUGGAGGUGGUAAGGAUCUCCAACUAAAGGACGGAGUUGUUAAGCCUACUGAUGAAGUCAAUAUUGAUUCUCCUGAAAAUACAAUAGAACAUGAACUGGGAGAGAAAGAAAUAAGUGCUCUUUGUUGGGCGUCAUCCAAUGGGUCCAUUUUGGCUGUGGGAUAUGUAGAUGGAGAUAUUUUGUUCUGGAACACGUCAUCUGCUGCUUCCAUUAAGGGUCAGCAAGUAUCGUCAUCAUCUAAUAAUGUUGUUAAGUUACGGCUAUCAUCAGCAGAAAGAAGACUGCCUGUCAUUGUCUUGCAGUGGUGCACAUUAAAUAAAUCCCAUAAUGAUUGUGAUGGACAACUAUUUAUCUAUGGUGGCGAUGAAAUAGGAUCAGAUGAAGUUCUGACGGUUUUAACUCUUGAUUGGUCAUCAGGGAUGGGGAAUUUAAGGUGUGUUGGCCGUACAGACCUUACCCUCACUGGUUCGUUUGCAGACAUGAUUUUAUUAACAAAUUCUGCAACAAUUGCGGGCAAUCAUAGAGCUGAUGCUUUUGUGUUAACAAACCCUGGGCAAUUGCACUUUUAUGAUGAAACCAGCCUGUCGUCCCUAAUAUCCCAGCAAGAAAAGAAACCAUGUGUCUCUGCUUUGGAGUUUCCAGUGAUAAUUCCUACUACUAAUCCAACCAUGACUGCUGCCAAACUUAUCAGGACAGCUACUGGGGAGAACUCAUUAAAGGAUCUAUCAGAGAUAUUCUCAGCUAUGAACCUUGGCUCAUUACCAACUUCAGUUGAUGGUACGAAAUGGCCCUUGACUGGAGGUGUGCCCAGUCAGUUGUCUCUUUCAAAGAAUAGUGGUAUUGAGAGAUUAUAUCUAGCAGGAUAUUCAGAUGGAUCUGUUCGGAUAUGGAAUGCCACAUAUCCGCUCUUAUCUUUUGUCUGUGUUUUAGAAGGCGAGGUGCAAGGUAUAAAAGUGGCUGGUUUAAAUUCUCCAGUAUCAAGAAUGGAUUUCUGCAUCUUCACUUUGAACUUGGCUGUUGGCAGUGAAUCUGGUUUGGUUCGUAUUUACAACCUCAAAGGAUGUUCAGAUGGGAUAAAAUUCCUCUUUGUAACCGAAACCAAAUGUGAAGCCCACAGUUUGUCUCAAGUGAAAGGACCUCAAUGCAGAGCUGUUUUCAGUCUUACUAAUUCCCGAGUUCAAGCGCUACAGUUUGUCAAGCAUGGAGGUAAACUUGCAGUGGGAUUUGAAUGUGGUCAUGUUGCAAUGCUGGACACAAGUUCCUUAUCCAUAUUGUUCUUCAUAAAAGAUGCAUCUUUCUCUAGCUCCCCGGUCAUUUCAAUGACUUGGAAAGAAAUUACAAAUCCUCAAGGCCUCUUGAAGAGUACCAAACUCUCAGAAACAAAAUCACCCGUUCACCCUGCAGAGGAAGUACUGUUCAUCUUAACCAAAGAUGCAAAUAUACAUUUGAUUUGUGGAAACACUGGUAAUGUGAUCAUCCCCCGGCCAUGGCAAUUGAAAAAGGAAGCGAUUGCAAUUUCAAUGUAUGUUAUAGAUGGAAGAAUUUCAGCCUCUAAAGUAUCUGAUACAAAUCCGCCGGAAGAGACGUCAAAGGAUAAUUCAACCAAGAACGAGUCUAUGGCAGGCAGUUCUCCAAUUCCUAUAAAUUCACUUGAUGUGGACCAGGACAAUAAUUCAGAAAAUGCAUACUCUGAAGAAAGAUUGUUGAACUCGCUGAUUUUGCUUUGCUGUGUGGAUUCAGUGCGCUUGUACUCCACGAAAUCUGUGAUUCAGGGAAACAAUGAACCCAUACGAAAGGUGAAACAUGCAAGACCUUGCAUUUGGGCAGCAACUCUGAAGAAUGUUGAAAAAACUUGGGGAUUGACUUUACUGUUUCAGACUGGAGAGAUUGAAAUUAGAUCUAUUCCUGAUUUAGAAUUGGUGAAAGAAAGCUCCUUGAUGUCAAUUCUAAGGUGGAAUUGUAAGGCAAACAUGGAUAAGACAAUGAGUUUCGAUGAUGCACAUAUCACACUGGCAAAUGGGUAUGAGACAGUAUUCAUCUCUCUGUUAACUGCUGAAAAUGAUUUCAGGAUUCCAGAGUCUUUGCCUUGUCUCCAUGAUGCAGUUCUUGCAUCUGCUGCAGAUGCGGCCUUAAGUGUGUCUUUGAAUCAGAAGAAGAAACAGAGUACUGGCCCAGCGAUAUUAGGUAUUGUCAAAGGCUUGAAAGGAGGAAAAAUGGUUCAGAGUGGAGAUUCUAGUCAUUCUACUGCAACCCCUAAAUCCAGGUUUGAUCAAUUAGAAGGGAUGUUCUGGAAGUCCCAACAGUUGGACUUGUUCCCAGGUUUGGAUCAUCAAGAAACUUUGGAGCUUAAUAUAGAUGACAUUGAAAUUGAUGAACCUCUACAUGUAGCAUCUACUUCAACAUCCCAUGAUGUUGAUAAUAAAAAGAGAGAAGGGGACUCAGAAAGGGAUAGAUUAUUUCAAGGUGGGACUGGUGAUACAAAGCCCAGAGUUAGGACUGCUGAAGAAAUUAAAGCUAAAUAUAGAAAAACUGAGGAUGCUUCUUCGGUGGCUUCUGAAGCAAGGAAUAAGCUCAUGGAGCGGGGGCAAAAACUUGAGAAACUCAGCAGGCGCACUGAAGAUCUACAGAAUGGAGCUGAAGAUUUUGCAUCAAUGACGAAGGAGCUAGUCAAGACACUAGAAGCACGAAAGUGGUGGCAUAUUUAAUUUGUUACACUUUAUUUGCUGGCUUCCAGUUUUCAUAUAGGGGAGUUGCUUGUCCUUUCUGAGAAAAAGUGAGCUAAGACUAAAAACUUAUGCAAGGACAUCAUCCGCAGCUUGUGAUCUCUACUCAGAAGAUAUUCGAAAGGUUCGUGUGCUUACAGUGUAUAGAAAUGUAUUUGUCUUCUCAUUUUAUGUUGCAUUUGUCAUUUGAUGCAAAGUAAUUUAUGUGGUGGCAAAGUAGUUUAGGUGGUUGCUCGGCUUCAAACCAUUGGGAAGGCACAUUUUUUCUGAUAUGUCCAUGAUUGUAGAAAAAAAAAAAAAAAAAAAAAAACCCGGUAAAUGUGUUCAUAAAGC